AUGUCCUGUCGUGAUACAUCGCUCCAACUUUCUGCUCCCAUCGUCAUCCGUCCGAUCACGUUGAUCAUUCAGGACAUGAGAAGGCACCCUGUGGUUCAGACAGCAAUUCUUCGCUGUUGGAAAUGCCGACGGCCACUAAUGGACUCGAGCAACUUGCUGAGCUCGCAUGGAGAACAGCUGAACCCCCGUGAUUGUGAAGGCAAGUGUGAGAGAGAGGACGAGAGCUCCAUCUGGUACAUCAACCAAGAGAACGUCCCCUCCUGGCUGACGACAGAAAUGGACAGGGGUCAGUGGACAAAGGGUAAGCUUCAUUGCCCACACUGCGGUGGCCGUUUGGGAUCAUUCAAUUUUGUAAUUCCCUCCAGAUGCCUAUGCGGUGAGUACAUGGUCCCCGCUGUGCAAAUCUGCAAGAGCCGAGUGGACUACGAACUGACUUCCCCACCAAACUCAAUCGACGCGCAGUCGAAGCCCGAUUUCAUUCGGAGGGACCUGUGCCCGGCUGUGAAGGACCCCUUAACCGAGCCACCGCAGUCACUUCCCAGCAAAACGAGCUUGGAAGCCUGUUUACAGCGUUCUCUGUGCAUGCCGCAGACUGAGCAGGGCAAGGCUGAGAGGUGCACAAUCGAGAAGAUUCUUCAGGCGUCGGUCCCGGCAACAGGACCUCCUCCCACACAUGUCGUCAGAAGGCACAGGAAAUGCUUCAGCUUGGACCUGAGAAACAGUGGCGGGAGUCCUCCUGCCGUUUACUCUCCCCUUGCAUACAGGCGGUCGCGGAGCGCGACGGCGGUUUGGGGUAAGAGGGAAAUUGGGAGCUCUCCCUGCAUGUCCAGCUUGCUGGCUCACUUUCACAGGGAGCCUGCUGAUGGUGAACGAUCGGCCAUUCUGGAAGAUGAUCAGGAAAACACGCACACUCGGCGGACUCUGUCCUGCUCCGCCAUGUGUGGCGUGACCGGCUCUCUCCGGAAUCGGGCGCGGAACGAUGACGAUGACGGGAUGACGCUCAGGAGGUCGGACGGAGCGGACGGGACUGUUGGGUCGGCAUCAGGAGUGGCAGCACGGAUGUUGUUCAGCGACAGCAGCAGUGGCUCUGGCAGCGAGUCUGAUUGUGAAGAUGAAGCACAGCCCUCUGUUGCCCUUGAGCGGCCACGGUUGCCCUUGGAGUUUCAACGGAAUCGUGAAUUCCUGGAGGCUGACGCGGAGGAACGUGUGCAGUCCGAGGAGAGAAGUCGCAUGAAGAGAGUUGGAAGAAAUCGGCGCAAAGGAGAUCGAUGGUUGCAGAAAAAGCAGGAUACGGACAGAGGAAAGCGUGCCCAACGCGACGGGGACACGGCGGAGGAGAGUGAAGGCGACGCCGAGAUGGAGGGUCACACGUGCGCCGUCUGCCUGGACGUCUACUGCAGCCCCUACCUGUGCCACCCGUGCCGCCACGUGUUCUGCGAGACGUGCCUCCGCAGCCUGGCGCGCGACAACCCGGGCAGCACGCCGUGCCCCCUCUGCCGCGUCCUCAUCCGCCGCGUCACCUACCAGCCGGCCCUCGACGAUGCGGCAAAGCUACUGUUCCCACGAGCGUAUGUGGCACGCAAGCGCUCCGACCUGAGGCUGCACGGGCCGGACUGGCCCCUCCCGGGAAGGCAGGGGGGACUGCGCACGAUCAUGGCCUCCCUGAGAGGAGCGAGCGGGCGUCCCGGCACGCAGCUGCGCUGGCAUCUCCCGCACGCCUUCCGCCUGGACGAGGAUGAGGAGCAGAGCCGAGGCUGGCUGGACAUGGACCGCAUCAUCAUCUACGUCUAUUCCAUCAAUUGGCUCAUUGGCUUCGUCACCUUCUGCUGCUUUUGCUACCUGCUCUUCACCUCCAUAUUCUAGGGGCAGGCAACGGUGGGGGGGGGGGGGGGACCCCUUGUCCCCUCCCCCCACCCCACCGUGAGCCGUACCCACCCCCCAGGUUUAUUUUGUGCGGCUACGUGAGACCUAAUACUUUGAAACGGCCCCGAAAACAAUGCUUGUCGUCUUGCAAGCAUCUUCGCCACACAAAUCGGGUACUUAAAGAGGAAAUAAAUUAUUCGACCUGGAAACACUGUGUUUCUGAUUUUAGCGCGUAUCGACAGUCGGUCAACAUGCGCAUUAUUUUAACGCAUCUUUAUGAAAUAACGCUAAGGUGUGCGUUCACGUGCGGCCCGCCAAAAAUAUUUUCAAAGUCCUACAUCGCUUCCUGCAUUGAGUAAAAGGUUUUCCAUGCCGGUUUUGCGGGGUGGAUCUUGGCGGCCGGUUCUGGCCGCGUUUGCGACUCGUGUACCUGUGGCAGGUAGGAGCUUCGUGGCCUUAAGUUCUGAGGGAGCAUUGCCGGGAGGCUUGCGUGAGUCAUGGGCAUUCAUGGUUUCGGGUGGUUGAAGAUGACAGCCUUCUCGUGGCCUACCCCGUUUUGUGGAGUAAUGGUCAUGCCGCUGCAGUAUUCUUCCCGUGGGUUUUAGCUGGAAGCUUUUGUUCAUUUUAAUAUGAUUUUGCUUGAGCCUAUUCAAAUGAAAUUUAAACAAAAAAAAACAUUAACUCAAAUUGAACUUUUUUUUUAAUUUACCAGGUAAAGCCCACUCAGCUAUAUAGCUCUUUUUCAAAAGCGACUUGUCCACAACUGAUAGCUGAACGAACUGGCUUAUAUCAUGUGGAAAUUUAUAGGAGACAAAUCCUUUAAAUUAAUGUUUCUAAAUAUGGAGGGAAAAACCGGAAGACCUGGAGAAAAAUCCACGCGACCACGAGGAAAACAUGCAAAUUCAAAUAUACACAGGCAUCAGGGUCGGGAUCGAAUGCACGACCUCUUUCAUACCAGGCGAGGUAGUUAAUGUCUCACCAUCGUGGCACCAUUAUCUUGUAGAUACAUGUCAAGGCGAUGUCCCAGGCUUGCAAACACUUCACUCACCGGUGACUUUUGAGUGUGCAACUUCAUUCAUGAGAAAAAAGACAAAUGUUUAAGAUCAUUACAAUAGAUAGCACUCUGCUAAUGUGGCUGUUUUAACAUUGAAUUAAAAUUGAAGACUGGUAUAACAGUCCCAUAAUGGCACACGUGACCUUAGCUUUAAAGUACAGUCCCAUAAUGGCACACGUGACCUUAGCUUUAAAGUCUAUUUUCUCAUUAAUGAAGUCCAAGAGUCGUGCUGGACACCCCAGAACACAGCCUAGGUACAUAUCUACAAGAUAUUUGUUAAUUGGAUUACGUAAAGGACUACGUGAUACAACCGUGCAGUUUUGGUGAAGCAUAUUAGCUAUUUACACGCCUUAUUUACAAAUAUAAACAUAGUGAUUACUUAUGCGGUAGGCUUUUAUUAUUAAGAUAGGGCUUAUGCGCACAGCAUGUCUGAAGGGUGGUUGGGAUUUGUCUGUGACACACGCAGUCCCUGCAUCUGGGUAAGCAUGGAUUGCCCCCGAGAAAAAUUAUACAGAGCACAUUCAGUCGUCGAGUUCUCCAGUCCACAGCACAAUGUUUGCUUGUGACCUCGUGUUUACAAAACAUAGGGAGUGAAGUCUGCAGUCACAAUUUCAACGUAUAUGUGCAUGGAUAUGGUGGCAGUUGUUGAGUUGCAUUGUUUCUCCCAGCCAUGGGAUGUUUUGUACUUUGGCUUGCAGUUUAGUUGCAAUAUAUUGAAAUGUAUAUUUUUUAUGUUUAGUUCUUAUUGAGGGUGAAUAUAAAUAUAUACACAGUAAAAUAGACUUAUUUUACAAUUAUUUGCUGCAGAAUGCCCUAAUGAUAAACCUUUGCUUGCUCAGCAGUUGUCCACCGCACAAAGUGUGCAACGAACAAUUAUGAUCCGCAUAAUUUCUUAAUUCCCAAAUUGCAGGUGGUUUCCAAAUUGAAUAGGUUAAGCGUCCAAUUUAUGGAAGAUUUAAGUACAUAGAUAACGCCCUUCAACUGGAACCUCUGAUUCCAUGAAAUCUAUCGCAGGAAUUAUAUUUGGUUCAAUAAGCCCUUUGGACCACACUGAGACGGGGAAUAUGUAAGGGUGGCUGCUGAUGCGGUUGUCUGGCUUGACCAUCUGAUUGUGAAAUUGUAGUCGUUGCUCGGCAUCUACGUCAUCAGCCAUUCCAGAGGUCGGCGACUCGAAUAACAAGAAGAGCCAUUUCGAAUUUGGUAAGAAAAAUUCUAUAUUUCAAGAGGCCGCAAUGCACGUGAAUCCGAGACAAUCCCGAAUAAAUAUCGUUACGAAGCAGUGCGUAAUAAGCCGCGGGUUGCCGACCCCUGCCCAUGAUAAACUGAGCUUUCCAUGGUAAACUGGACUCUCAUGGUCAGGCAUCGGCAACCAAAAUAACAAGAAGAGACAUUUUGUUCGGAUUCGGGAUAUAUAACAUAAACUCAUUGUUUCAAGAGCCGCAAUGCGGUCAUUAAAGAGCCGCAUGUUGCCAACCCCUGAGCCAUACGAAAGAAGAAAGGGGUGGCCAAAACUGUCUGUUGAAAACAACUGCAAUGAGCCCGCACAGGAGUCCCUCUCUUGGCGAUGCCACCCAACAAAAGUGGAAGGAAAGGCAAGUUGUGGAAAGAUGGACAAACAAGGUGGAUAGAUGCAGGGGUACAAGUUCAAGAAGAGAAAAGGAUUGAGAGUGAACGAAUCGUUGAUGCUGGCUAAAGAAAGAAUAAUGGGAAUUUGUUUGGCCCCAUCCUUGCUAAUGAGCUGAAGGAAGGGACAGAUAUUUGUGGUUUAUCUAUAUAAUGCCUCAAAUAACGAAACGAAGCGCUCAUGCCUUGCAAGUGGAUGCAACAGAGCUGAUAGUACCAUUUAUUUUUUUGUAGACUUGAAACGGCCUGCGAAUGAAUAGCUGAUUAUAACGAGCUCAUAAUGGAAAUAGACGCUUCGAAGUCCUGUUGUGUUUUUUUGUGUGUUUACACACUCCAGAUAAAUAAUCCACCCAUGUGGGUCAACUGCAUCAUCUCAAUAUAGCCCUGCAUAGGCAGCAUUGGGUGCGUCAACAAGGCAGCUCGUGGAGGACGCUGCCACUGGGCAGAUGGAGGCAGUCGUCCUCCAGCAACAACGGAGGGCAGAGGAGCGACGCUCACAACAACGGGCGGAGUGCCGGGCGACUAAAACGCAGCAAGUUGGCACAGUAGGGGGCACAGGUGGUGCAUCUGCCAUCGUCAAACCAUGAGAUACGGCGACGGCUUUGGGAGAGAUCUUCAUGCAACAGUGAAUAGAUUACGGCUGCUGAUGAUGAUGUUGAGACGCAUUGUUUUGUCGAAGCAACCUCGGGUGAUUUUUUCUUCUCUUUUUCUGAGUGUCAUCAUCAAGUUAAACAAAUGCUGCCGAGUUGCCAUAUGACGAUGCCUGAUGGUUCUACAUUUUAUUUAAUAUUUUUGCUUACGAAGCGGACACUUGUCUGUUAUUUUAUGACUUGCAAACCACCGUGACGCCACGUAAUUAUUUUACGCGUAUAUUGAUUUUGGUAUAUUCGGUAGAGGGUCUGGCAGCAGUUGCAAAGAGUGCUUUAGUACCAUUAGGUUGCGUGUAUGGUUUACUUUCAGUAAGUACAUAAGUGUUUUAUGGCACCAUUUUAGUCGGCGUGUAAUGAUUUAACCAGCCUCCAAAUUUGAUGAAUUGGUAUAAUUUGGGAGCAUCAUUCAGUCCGUGGAUCGAUUAUUUUUUUUCUAUCGUUUGUAUUUUGCCUCAUCUCGACUGUCGUGUGUUUUGUGUAUUGUCAGUUCCUAAAGGUAACAUUGCAUACAUUUCGGCAUAAAUGCUACAUUAUUCUUGCGCACACAUUUCAAUAAAUGUACGGUAUCUUUUAAAAGUAGGAAUAUAUUUUUAAGUGAUUGAAUUGUCCACGUUUACCAUUGACACUACACAGGUUAUCCAGUGUUUGUUGCUACGAUUCGAUGUUUACUGCAAUCAGCUACGCACAUUUAUUCCGUGCCAUCAUGCCACCGUUAUCGGAUAAUUUAAUCUCGUGAAUGCUUUCACGGCAAAUUCAUGUUGCCAGUACCAAAUUUCUGUUGUGAAUACGCGCCAUUUCCAGAAAUGUUCGACUAUUAUUUCUGCUGUAAAGGCAGCGCUAAUGAUGAACGUCGUAGCCGUUAUUGUUUCUGGUUUGUGCUGUGUGCACCAAUGCUAACACCAGUCCCGUAUUUGUUUUUUUGUCCCCAUAGUAUUACGCCUUGGGCAGUACAUAUACACAUGUCGUUUUCUUAGUAAUACGUUUACAAAACUGCCACCCUUUGCAAACAACUUGGAGUUGCAUGAUAUAGUAAAAUAAACACUUUGCUUUCAAAAACAACACGUCUAAGUGUGACGUUUUUGGCCGCUUUGGGAAAUUAAGGAACCCCCCCCCACGCUAAAGUGUGGUGCUGUACCUUAAGCGACCUCCAUUCGCUUUCAUAGAGACCAAUUAAAGGAAGACCAUUCACUUUAAUUGAGGUCUAUUUAGAUGAUAUCCCACGGGUUCUAUCGCAAUGAAGCGUCCUCCACUGCAUUACGCUCGGCAUUGCGUUAACCCUUUGCCUAGCUUCAAGGUUUGGGUCGUUGCAGUUUUAUUACGAAAGGUGCAACAGAAAAAAACCAAUACGGAGCGAUAGCACUGCUGUGUAAGAUGUCAUUAGUUUGAUUUACGUGUUAAACAUAUUGGUUGUUAACGUGAGCACUGACAAACUGGUGGGGGGGGGCUGAUAAGUGGGCAAGUAAACGUGGAGAGAUCGAUGCUUGGAAUUACGCAGAGGACAAGGGGAGAAAGAAGCACGUGGAUCGUGGAGCGCUGCUUUCGGCGUCAUGUCGACUGUUAAGGGAGGUAAAGUGGCUUUUGGCAGGAACCGUUAUGGUCAGCAGGCAUGAUGACCGAUAGGCGAGACUUGUUGACGGAAGCCGAAGGAGAAGGCACCGGAGAAGGCAACCAGUGUGGAGGUGGGAGCGAUGCAAGGCCGUAGCCAUCGAGUCAACAUUGGGGGGGGACCAAAUCUUCCAGGGAGUCUAGGGAUCACCCCCAGAAAAAAAAUCUAAGUUUGAAAAAUUAUUUCCUGCCAUUUCCUGCUUAAAAUAUUUUUAAAAAUUCACUAACACAU